ACUCUUCAAACAAUUUUUAUACCAUUCACUACACAACACAAUAUAUAUAUAACUAACAGAAACACUUUAGCAAUCUCACCACUCUUCUCUAUUCCUUCAUCACUCUUCUCUCUUUUUCAUAUUCACUUGCUUCACUUCCACUUACUUUUCUUAACCUUUUUUUCUCUUAUGGAAUUCUCUGAGGACUCAAUCGAUCGGACUUUGGUGUUCAAAGGAAAGCGCAGUAAGCGGCCACGGCAGUUCAUGGCGGUAGCGAUGGUCACUUCCACGUCAUCAACCGCCUGCGACGGUGGCGCUGGUGGUGGUGCAAGUGGCAGCAACGGAGGCAGUGGUGACGUCGGACGUGGAGGUCAUGAGAUUUACUCUUCAUCACCAACUACUUCAACUACUCAGAUAUCAACUAGCAGUACAUCAGAGGAAGAUGAAGAUAUGGCUAAUUGUUUAAUACUAUUAGCGCAAAGUGGCCGAUGUGAGAAACUACAAGUUGAAACUACUGAACGUAAGAUGGUGAAAAUCAGUAGCCGAAAGUUUGCAGAAAUGGCCACAACAUCUACUGGAUCAAAAGCUGGGUUCUAUGUCUACGAGUGCAAAACUUGUAACAGAACUUUCCCGUCUUUUCAAGCACUUGGUGGGCAUAGAACAAGUCACAAAAAAAUCAAAACCGUAACUGAAGAUAAAAAAUCUACUGCUGAUUCAAAUUCUCAAUUACAGCAAGGGCAUCAUCAUCAACAACAACUACUGCAUCAACACGAAGAAAAGUCCAGUCGGAUUAUCACGCCAUCAGUUAAUUAUUCCACAGGUAAUUCGAAUUCAGUUGCCAAUUUGAUCAACAUCAAGCCAAAAAUCCACGAGUGUUCAAUUUGCGGGGCGGAAUUCUCAUCAGGUCAAGCUUUAGGUGGACACAUGAGAAGACAUAGACCACCAACAAUUACAACAACAGCAACAAACACUAAAAAUAUUACUGUUGAUGAAAUCAGCAACACUUCAGAUAAUUCAUCACAUGAUGAAAAUUCAAAGGAGAAUAAGCCAAAAAUAUUCUUAUCGCUUGAUCUGAAUCUUCCAGCGUCACCGGAAGAUCAUGAUCAUCAACGAGAUGCAGCUAAUUUUGAAUUUUCAGCUAACCAGCAAAAUCUCAUGUUUUCUGCUGCUGCUUUGGUGGAUUGUCAUUACUAGUUAAACAGAAAACAAAUCAGUUUUACUUACUUUUUUUUUGUUGACACUUUAAUUUGGAAUUAUUAUAAUUUGUAGAAUCAUUGUUAUUGCUAUUUAUAUUUAUUACUAUUCUUCAUAAUUUUGAUUGUAGAUUGUGUAUA